UGCAAACGCUAGUGUUCCUACUCUGCACACUUUCUUUUUGUCUUGUACAACGUUCUAUCCUUCGUGUCUCAUUUACAGUGCGGUUAUCUCACUAUUAAAUCAUCUUCUUUUACAUCUUGAUUAUAAUCGUGAAUAGUGAGAUGGCACCCAAAACGUCGGCUGAGAUCAAGCCCACGUCGAGCCGGCGGCACCCGCUCCAACGAUUUGACUCUCCAUCCAAAGGAUUUUCAGGCGCUUUGCAUGUCCUUGGCUUGAUCAGUUUCUACCUAUCUUUCAAAUUUUUGACCGAUAAUCCGAAUGACUUUAGUUCCUCAUUUGGUUGGCAUCUUCAAUUCCUGACCAUACUCGGCCUCUCCAUCUCGACUCUAGCCUUCAUCGUCGCCCUUUUGGCGGACCUGACAUCCACAGCCUUGGACCAAUCCCCGGACAUGCCUUCCGACCCACCCGCUGCAGCUUUCUCGUCGCACCUCUUUAGGCUGAAGAACUACCUAACGUUGAUCGCAGCACCAAUGGAAAUAACCAUUUCAGUGCUUUACUGGUCAAUAAAGGCCAUUGAUGGGAAACUACUUGUGAGCCCAGAAAUACCACUACCACCAGUGUUCUAUGAUAUUGGAUUUCACCUCGUACCUGCUGUUGUUCUUACCAUAGACUCUCUGCUGCUCUCCCCUCCAUGGCCCACAACGCCCAUGAACGAAUCCGCACCCAUGAUUACUCUUUCUCUUUCCACCAUUGUCGCUUUUUCUUAUUGGAUCUGGAUCGAAAUCUGCUACUCCCAAAAUGGCUUUUAUCCGUAUCCAAUGUUCCACCUUCUUACCACCAGCCAGCGUGUGGGCUUAUUUGUGGUAAGUGGAGUCAUUAUGUGGGUUGUUGGCGGCGGUUUAAGAAUUGUAUACGCCAAGGUGAAUGGGUACGAGAGUGUUGAGCAUCUAGACAAAGUGAGGAGGAGUAAGGUUAUGGGUGGAAGCGGAAAGUGGGAGUAAAGGUCAAGGAGGCAUGGAAUUAGAUGCCGCCUGGGAGUAUAUGGGCAUGCAUGUGAUGCACAGCCAUAUGUUCAUAGACAAGACAUUAAACACACCGAGAUAGAUUCUAUCACAGCUACUUUAUCAACGAUGAAGACGUAAAAGCAGCGAUA